CAGGCCGCACAACCCCCGAGAUUCCGCGUACCUGCCUUCGCCCGCCCCUGACCGCCCCUUCCCGGCCCUCGGUCUGUCCGCUGGGGGCGCGCUCAGUGCGUGGCAGGCAGCCGCGGCGGCGGAGAGCGCGGGUCGCGUGGCGGUGAGUGGUUGCUAGGGGCGCCUAAGGCGGCCUGCCGGCUCAAUAGGCCGAGGGAGGAAGCAGCGCGGAGCCGACGCCGAGCCGGGGCGAAGCUGAGUCUGCUAGGUGAGGUCAGUUUAUUGGCUCCUAAAGUAAGUUCCUUGCAAGCUGCUGAUUGGAGGGUCAGCUGAUGGUGGAUCCUUUGGACUUAGUCAGAGGAGCUGACAGAUUUCAAGGAUGCAGCCGUUACUACUGGAGGUGUGUGACACCUUACUGGAGCUGGGCCAAGAUGCCAUGUGGCCAUGAUGUGGGCCCCUCAUGGCCUCAGCAGGAACAGAGCACUACGGUAUUGGCCUCCGCCGGGGAGACAGUUUCAAACAGAGUGGUCCCUCAGGCACAGUGCCUACCCCACCAGCUGAGAAACCCGCUGAAGGCAAAGUCUGGUCUCAGGCCCAUCAGCAGGUGAAACCAAUCUGGAAGCUGGAGAAGAAGCACGUGGGGACACUGUCAGCAAGGUUGGGUCCAGGCCUCCUGGGUGUCCCCCCCCGGCCGGCAUAUUUUUUUUGCCCCAGCACUUUCUGUAGCUCUGGGACCACAGCUGUCAUUGCAGGCCACAGCAACUCCUGUUCCCUGCACUCCCUCCCGGAUUUGUUCAGCAGUACCCUGCUGUACCGCCGCUCCAACUACAGGCACAAACCAUACCAGCAACUGGAGUCUUUCUGCUUACGUUCAAACCCAUCAGGAAAAAGACCUUUUUCUCUCCCUCAAAAGAGCCUCCCUGUUAGUCUCACUGCCUCCCCCAUGGCCCAGCCCAUGGCAUCCUCAUCCACAGAGCCAUACCUCUCACUGGGAGCAGCUGGGGAAAACUCUUCAGGGAAGAACCUGGCCUCUGCCAUCUCAGGGAAGAUCCCACCUCCACUCUCCUCCCCCUCCUCCUUCUACAAGCCCAUGCUAAAUAACAACUCCUUCAUGCGGCCAAAUAGCACUAAAGUGCCUUUGUCACAGGCCUCAGAGGGCCUGAAGCCAGGAUCCUCCCCCAGGAUCCCACUUGUCUCCUGGCGGCAUUCAGGGGGUACUGGAGACUGUACACCCCAGCCUAUUGAACAUAAGGUGCCCAAAAGCAAUGGCACUGUCCUAGGUGAUGCCACUGCCUAUACCACCAUGUCUAAUCCUAGCUCCCUAGACAUAACCAUCACCAGUGUUGCCUCUCCCCAGUUCAAUUGGAAUAACUCAGCCACGAGGACAGAGCCACAUUCCUAUGGUCUGUAUGACAACUGUGAUUCCCAGGCUCAGACUAAGGAGGUUCGGUUCACUCAGGCUGUGAGGAAGUUAACUGCAAAAGGCUUUGAGAAAAUGCCAAAGCAAGGCUAUGAGCUUGAACAAUCUUGUUUUAUGAGCCCUGGCUUCCAGUGGAACCUCCUCAACCGGAACAGGCGGUGGAAACCUCCCAUGGUAGGGCAGCAGUUUCCUCAGGAGGAUGCUGGAAUAGACAACAGGAUCCUCCCUGGUGCUUCAGACACCUUGGGGUUGGACAGUACAGUCUUCUGUACCAAACGUAUCAGCAUUCACCUCCUUGCCUCACAUGCCAAUGGGCUCAGCCACAGCUCUGCUUGUGAACCUGUGAUCCACACCACACCACUUAGAGGUGACAAAGCUCCAGUUCCCCCUUUUCCCCCUCAGCCUCUUGGUGUGGCUGACAUGGCUACCCACCUCUCUUCCAUUCAUCUGGGCCAGCCUGUGAAGGGGCCUGAAGAAGCCAGGCAGCUGGACUCACCUGCUAGGGAUAUUGGUUCAGCUACUGAUCUCCAUCUAGACCAGGUUGAGGCCGAAGAUGAAGAAGAAGAGCUAGUGGAUAGUUUGGAAGAUUGCCAUAGCCACGAGGAGAAUGAAGAGGAGGAGGGAGACUCGGAGUGCUCAUCAUUCAGUGCUGUCUCCCCCAGUGAGUCAGUAGCAGUGAUCUCUCAGAGCUGCAUGGAGAUUCUGACCAAACCCCUUUCCAAUCAUGAGAAAGUUGUCCGACCAGCCCUCAUCUACAGUCUAUUUCCCAAUGUGCCCCCCACCAUCUAUUUUGGCACUCGGAAUGAGAGAGUGGAGAAACUUCCCUGGGAGCAGAGGAAGCUGCUCCGGUGGAAGAUGAGUACAGUGACCCCCAACAUUGUCAAGCAGACUAUUGGACGGUCCCACUUCAAAAUCAGCAAGAGAAAUGAUGACUGGCUGGGUUGCUGGGGUCACCACAUGAAGUCUCCUAGUUUCCGAUCCAUUCGGGAACAUCAGAAGCUAAACCACUUCCCAGGCUCAUUCCAGAUUGGACGGAAGGAUCGGCUGUGGCGGAACCUGUCCCGCAUGCAGAGCCGCUUUGGUAAGAAGGAGUUCAGUUUCUUCCCCCAGUCCUUUAUCCUCCCCCAAGAUGCCAAGCUCCUGCGCAAAGCCUGGGAGAACAGCAGUCGCCAGAAGUGGAUUGUGAAGCCACCAGCAUCAGCCCGAGGCAUUGGCAUCCAGGUCAUUCACAAGUGGAGUCAGCUUCCCAAGCGAAGGCCCCUCUUGGUGCAGAGGUAUCUGCACAAACCCUACCUCAUCAGUGGCAGCAAAUUUGAUCUGCGGAUCUAUGUUUAUGUCACUUCCUACGAUCCUCUGCGGAUUUACCUCUUUUCAGACGGACUCGUUCGCUUUGCCAGUUGCAAGUAUUCCCCUUCCAUGAAGAGCCUUGGCAACAAAUUCAUGCACCUGACCAACUACAGUGUCAACAAAAAGAAUGUUGAGUACCAGGCCAAUGCAGAUGAAACAGCCUGCCAGGGCCACAAAUGGGCACUGAAGGCUUUGUGGAACUACCUGAGCCAGAAGGGAGUUAAUAGUGAUGCCAUCUGGGAGAAGAUAAAGGAUGUUGUUGUCAAAACUAUCAUCUCAUCAGAACCCUAUGUGACCAACCUGCUCAAGAUGUAUGUGCGGCGCCCCUACAGCUGUCACGAGCUCUUUGGUUUUGAUGUCAUGCUGGAUGAGAACCUCAAGCCCUGGGUCCUGGAAGUCAACAUUUCCCCAAGCCUCCAUUCCAAUUCUCCACUGGACAUCAGCAUCAAAGGCCAGAUGAUCCGUGACCUUCUGAACUUGGCUGGUUUUGUUCUGCCCAAUGCAGAAGAUAUCAUUUCCAGCUCCAGCAGCUCCAGCAGUUCCAUCACCAGCCUGACCAGCUCCCUCAGGGACAGAUGUCGAAUGGCUCCAGAGCACUUCACUGCCCAGAAGAUGAAGAAAGCCUAUUAUCUGACUCAGAAAAUUCCCGAUCAGGAUUUCUAUGCAUCUGUGUUGGAUGUCCUGACACCAGAUGAUGUUCGGGUUCUGGUCGAGAUGGAAGAUGAGUUUUCUCGCCGUGGUCAAUUCGAACGAAUUUUUCCUUCUUGUGUCUCCUCUCGCUAUCUCCGCUUUUUUGAGCAGCCACGAUAUUUCAACAUUCUUACCACCCAGUGGGAACAGAAGUACCAUGGCAACAAACUCAAAGGAGUAGAUCUGCUUCGGAGUUGGUGCUACAAAGGGUUCCACACAGGAGUCAUCUCUGAUUCUGCUCCAGUGUGGUCUUUCCCAACAUCACUUCUGACUGUCCCAAAGGGUGAUGUGAUGCUCAAUGCCUUCUGCAAAUCGGAGGUUGGCAAGAUGGGAAAACAUAGCUCCUUCGAGGAAAGUCUACCAGUCUCUGAGGACGGGGCCACCUCCAAACCCAAGAAGACUCAAGCUGGCCUUUUCCCUUUCCCCAAGAAACUCAAUUCUUCAAAGGACAGUGAGGAUACCAGCAAAGAGUCCAGCCUCUCUACCCAGAUGUUGCCUGUGAUCAAGUACACUGGGCAGACUUCAAGACUUCCUGCUUCCCCCAGUUCCCAGGCAACCAGUGAUUCCCUCCGUGCUGCUGCAGGCCCAUGACCAGCCUCCCUCCACUAGCCCCUCCCCAGGAGCUACCUGGGGAGUGUUAGCUACCUCAUGGGAACUGGCCUAGGCCAGCUUGAACCCCUAUCCUCUCCACCUUGCCCCUCAUCAGAGUAUUUUUUUGAAAUGGUUGAAUUGCAGAGAUAAGUAUCUAUAGGACUGGAGGGAUGGUUGGGAUGGAAAGAAAGUGAGGAAGGUUUACCUUCUGUCACCUGUCUGCCUGGGUGGCACCCCUUAUCUUAGCAGAGUAGCCAGUGAUGGCCACAGAGCCUUAUAAAGUAGGGUUUGUUUUUUUACCUUCAGAGAGCCAUGUGUGGUUUGUUUUAGGCCUUGGUGAGGUAAUUGAGUUGUAGCUCAAGAGUAGAAAACAUAACAUUUUUGGCCUGAAGUCCUUUGUUCUCUCAUUGAGGGUGUUCCUCUGAAGGUCCUCAUCUCCUCUGGUUCUCAACCCUUCCCCUCUUCCCUACUCCUAACCUUCAGAAACUUUAUCCAAAAGAGGCCACGGCAUGAUGAAUCCACUUCCUGUCAACCCCUAUGCCCCAUCUGGUCUUGGGGACUUCACCUCCUCCAAACCAUUUCUUCUUCCAAAUACCCACUCAGUAGCCCUAGGUAUUCCUAUUCUGACCUCACAUCACUACUUGUUCAUCCGUCUAGACUUGUGGAUAUCACCUCUUCAGCCUUGGCUCUCUGUGAGGUGAAAGGUUCUGUGGGCUUGGUGAAUUUCCCAUGGCCCCAGUGAAGGGGCCCAGACUAUCCCAGUUGCCCAGUACUCUAUGUCCAUAUAGCAAAGGAUCACAGUCCCCGGGGAGGGUGGAAGGAGCUAUGGUUUCCCCACAACACCAGAAGUCUCAUGUUAUGCUCUGUUCCCUUCACUGCCCCCGAUUCAGUGGGGUCUGGCUCACCAGUCGCUACGGCAAGCAGGGUCCACUGACGUGGUGAUUGGGUUUCCGGAGCAAUCGCUGUUGUAGAAUGGGAUUCCAGUCAGACCUCUGGCUAACCUCGUAUACUUUUAACUGAAUCUACCUCCCUUCCCUAGGCUCAGUAAACAGUGACUGUUCAA